AAGAAUUUUUUAAGUUUUUUUUUUCUCAAUUUUGUCAAGAAAUUAAAGAAUCUUCUUUACUAUAUAAUCUUAUAACUAAAAUUUUCCCUAUCCAAUCUUCAUUCUUAAAAAUUCAAUGUACUCUUUUGAGAGUUUCAUCUUCUUGAGGGCGGUGUCCACUGCAGGUGGUGAGCGGUUGUUCUCUGGCUGCAGAAACCGACGUUAACUGAUUCCAUCUCGAUUUUCCAAUUUCCAGUGCCCUACCUUCCUUCCUUCAAUUCCCUUCUCUUUGUCAAUUUCUUCUCCGACAAUUGAAUCUCCCUUUCCUCUCCUCUCCUCUUUUCAUCAUAAAUGCCCGCUUCCAUCCUUUGAUCCUUAAUUCAGCGGCAGUGAGUUCCCAACAGGGAUUUAUGUCUGACCCUGAUAGGGAGGUAUUGGAGGUUGGUCACAAUCACAGAGGUGCAGAUGGCGGUGGUGUGAUAUGAAGAAAAAAAUAAAUAAGCUGAGCUGUGCAGGACAGAUGGCAUCUUUUAAUUCCCUUUUUGCAUUCUUUCCGUUAGGCUAUUUUGUCUUUUGGUCAGUAUAUGUAUGCUGUGAUUCCUCAUUGUGGGAAUGAGAAUAUUCUGGUUUUUCUUCAUCCUUAAACCUCUGUAUCCUGUCAUUUCUUUCUCUGUAAUCCAGAUCUAUAUUGAGGAAUCCAUAUCGAGGAUCUUUCUUUCUCCUAUAGAUCUUCCUUACUGUUUUCUCAUUUGCAUUUCUUGGUAUCAUGGUGACGACGACCAUGAUCGAGAAUCUGGAACUAGUGGAACCCAGAUCAGGAAGAAGAAGCAAAGGGAAUAUAAUGGGUUUAGGAAGAAUUUCACUAAAGCAAAGCAGAUGUUCCACCGGAAGAAGUCAACUUCUUCAAACAAUGGCGAUAGAGGUUCCGAUUCCAGUUGCUUUUGUUUCAGAGGCCAAUCCUGUACAUUGGAAUCGAGCAAUACAAGCGAUCCCAACGACCCCAACUUGUUCAGCUAUGACAUGCUCAAAACUCUGAUUCAGAAGAAUGGUUUCUAUUCCAAAGAAUUGAAUACCCAUUUGCCUUAAAUGUCAACACACAAACUAAUUUCAUAUAUAUGUUUAUUGCUGUUCUGUGGUUCUGAUUUUGGACCAAUUUUCUGAGUAGCAACUAACAAGGGUUUUGAUUUGAUGGGCUUUUGGAGUUCUCUUUCGAGAUAAGUUCAACUUGCCCAUCACAAGUAUCCCCAUAUAGAAAAGAUUU